CUCGUUCACCCAGUCUUCCCGCCACGCGCCCCGUGAGGCCCUACAGCGAGCAAGCUGGCCGAACCCGCUACCUGGCCUCCCCGCGAAGCCCGGGAGCCCCUCACUGCACAAAGAAUGGAGCCUGCCCGUUCCCACGUGGGAGCCUGGCCCCGUCGCUCGAUUCGAGGCUGUUCGCGGUGGUGCCGGUUCCGACUAGUCCCGUACUCGGGAUCCCGCGUCGGCCACCAUGCCCGCUGUGCUGGGGUUCGAAGGCAGCGCCAACAAGAUCGGCGUGGGCGUGGUCCGCGACGGCACGGUGCUGGCGAACCCGCGGCGCACUUACGUCACGGCCCCGGGCACUGGAUUCCUUCCAGGUGACACAGCCAGGCAUCAUCGAGCAGUUAUCCUAGACCUGCUGCAAGAGGCACUGACCGAGGCUGGGCUAACCUCCCAGGACAUCGACUGCAUUGCUUACACCAAAGGUCCUGGUAUGGGGGCCCCGCUGGCUUCUGUAGCUGUCGUUGCCCGUACUGUGGCCCAGCUGUGGAAUAAGCCCUUGCUGGGUGUAAACCACUGCAUAGGCCACAUUGAAAUGGGCCGCCUCGUCACUGGAGCCAUGAACCCAACUGUGUUGUAUGUCAGUGGAGGAAAUACUCAGGUGAUUUCCUACUCAGAACAUCGUUACCGCAUCUUUGGGGAAACUAUUGAUAUUGCUGUGGGAAACUGCCUGGAUCGUUUUGCUCGCGUGCUGAAGAUUUCCAAUGACCCAAGUCCAGGCUACAACAUCGAGCAGAUGGCAAAGCGAGGCAAGAAGCUAGUUGAGCUGCCAUACACUGUGAAGGGGAUGGAUGUCUCAUUCUCGGGGAUUCUGUCUUUCAUUGAGGAUGCCGCGCAGAGAAUGCUGGCCACAGGGGAAUGUACUCCUGAAGACCUGUGUUUCUCCUUACAGGAAACGGUGUUCGCAAUGCUAGUGGAGAUCACAGAGCGAGCCAUGGCACACUGUGGCUCCAAGGAGGCCCUCAUCGUAGGAGGAGUUGGAUGUAACACGAGGCUGCAGGAGAUGAUGGCGGCCAUGUGCCAGGAGCGGGGAGCCCGGCUCUUUGCAACAGAUGAGAGAUUCUGCAUUGACAAUGGAGCCAUGAUAGCCCAAGCAGGUUGGGAGAUGUUUCAGGCUGGACAUAGGACCCCUCUCACAGAGUCUGGAAUCACACAGAGGUAUAGGACAGAUGAAGUAGAAGUGACGUGGAGGGACUGACGGCAUCAGCUUGCCAAGCGGUGCUGAUGCGGGAGUGAUCUUCGUGAUGCUAUGGACUCUGCUCCUCUCUGGCAACUGUAUGGAUUCCACAUGAGACUUAGGGUCCCUAUGGAACCCCAAGAUGACUCCACAAUAAAAAAACAUCCUUUUUGUAUGUUGAUAACUGGA